UAGCAGUAGCAAGACAGACAGACGGCAAGGACAGGGGUUCUAACCCCUCAACUUUUUUCCUGGGACAAUCUCUAAAAGUCAAGAGUCACAGGCUGAGUUCAGUAAUGGGUGCUGAAGAAGAGGUUCAGGUCACGCUGUCAGGGGGAGCUCCCUGGGGCUUCCGACUACAAGGGGGUGCCGAGCAGAAGAAACCUUUGCAGGUGUCCAAGAUCCGAAGGAGAAGUCAGGCAGGCCGAGCGGGACUUAGAGAACAGGACCAACUGUUGUCUAUCAAUGGGGCAGCUUGUACUGGUCUUUCCCAUGCCAGUGCCAUGAACCUCAUCGAUGCUUCUGGGACCCAGCUCAUCCUCACCGUUCGGAGGGUAGGAGACGUAGGGCCUGUUCGUUCUCCAUCUCCUGGUGAGCUUCGGGUACUGUCUCCUUCAUCCCCUCUGAGUCCUGAGCCCCCUGGGGCUGCAGCCCCUCAGCCUUUACAGCCUGGAAACCUGCAAUCACCCCCAGACAGUGAGGCAUAUUACGGGGAAACAGACAGUGACAUGGAUGGCUCUGCCACCCAGGAGAAGCCCCGCCGUCCCCGGCGCCGAGGUCCCACCAGGCCUAGCCCUCCGGGAGCCCCACCGGAGGAGGUCUCUUUGUCUGACAGCCCCGCAGAGCCUGCCCCAGCCUCUCUUGAGUCCCCCGCUCUGGGAGGCAGCCGUGUGAGCUCUCCAUCCUGGGAAGAGGGAACAUCUCUUCAGCCACCACCAGCUGAAGCUCUGCUGUUACCGCACGGUCCACUCCGACCAGGGCCCCAUCUCAUCCCCAUGGUGGGGCCUGUGCCUCACCCAGUGGCUGAGGAUCUCACCACCAGCUACACCCAGAAAGCCAAGCAAGCCAAGCUACAGCGUACAGAAAGUGUCCAAGAGAAGAGCAUAAAGGAGGCCAAGACCAAAUGCCGGACCAUCGCGUCUCUGCUGACGGCCGCGCCCAAUCCCCACUCUAAGGGUGUGCUUAUGUUUAAGAAGAGGAGGCAACGGGCCAAGAAGUACACCCUGGUCAGCUUUGGGGCUGCAGUGGGAGAGCGAGCAGGGGGGGCCGGCGAGGAGGAGGAGGAAGACGGCAUCCCCCCAACCAGUGAGUCUGAGCUGGAGGAGGAGACCUUCUCGGAUGCUCGAAGCCUAACGAAUCAGUCCGACUGGGACAGCCCCUAUCUGGACAUGGAGCUGGCCCGCUCAGGCUCAGGCACAGCAGAAGGGCAGGGACCCGGGCCAGGGGGUGGCCUCAGUGAAGCCUCGGGGAGAGGGGCCCGGCUUUUUGAGCAGCAACGGCAGCGGGCAGCCUCCAGCUCCCUGGAACGACCUAAUGACAUCCCGCCCUCCCUGAUGAAUGGGAGGGGUCCUCCACCAUCCCGCCCACAGAGCACUCCCCCAGAGGUAGCCUUAUUACCGCCCAGCCCAGGGCUGCCCCCUGCCACCAGUCCCAUUCCUUUAGCCCCUGGUGGAGGAGCCCCUCUCCCAGGCUCAGGCAUUUUUAAUCGGUCAGCAAGGCCAUUCACUCCAGGAUUCCAAGGGCAGCGCCCAGUCACCACUUCAGUUGUUUUCCGUCCCCAGGCCCCAAAGAAGGCAAAUGAAAGCCUUGUGAGUCCCAGUCCUUUUCUUCCCCCCUUCUUGUCACCACCCCAAGGUCCCACUCUGGCCCCCAGCUUCUCCAUCCCAAAGGAUCCUGGCACCUUACCAGUCUCCAUUUCCACCAAUGCCCCAUGCUCCUCAGGCCCAGUAACAGCUACCACCUCCCUAUAUAUCCCUGCCCCCAACAGGCCCAUUACACCUGGAGGUGCCCCCGACUCUCAGGCCUCUCACGGCACGGCUGCAAUGACCUCCACUGCUUCCAUCUUCCUAUCUUCUCCCCUGAGGUCCACUGGACUCUCCAUGGCAUCCAAUCCAAGUAAUCCUGCCCCUGAGGCUCCCAGUAGCCGGGAGCAGAGAAUAUCUGUGCCUGCUCCCCGCACAGGCAUCCUACAGGAAGCACGGCGCCGAGGAGCACGGAAACAGAUGUUCCGUGGGGGGAAUGAAGAAAAAAAGAAUUCCCCCAACCCAGAGCUGCUGUCAUUGGUGCAGAACUUGGAUGAGAAACCCAGGGCAGGAGGGACUGAGUCUGGUCCUGAAGAGGAUGCCCUGAGCCUAGGGGCUGAAGCCUGCAACUUCAUGCAACCUUCAGGGGGCCGAAGUUUCAAGACCCCACCCCUUGUGAUCCCUAAGACCCCACCCCCUGUGACGCCUAAGACCCCACCCCCUGUGGCACCCAAGACCCCACCCCCUGUGGCACCCAAGCCUGCCCCCAAGGGUCUUCCUGAUGGUCUGGUGAAUGGGGCUGUUCCCUCUGCAGGUGUCCUCCCAGAACCACCUCGGCUACAGGGCCGAGGUGGAGAGUUAUUUGCCAAGAGGCAGAGCCGGGUAGAUAGGUACAUAGUGGGAACCACACCUGGUCCCGGUCCCGAUCCUGGCCCAAUCUUUAGUUCCCGACCCCGAAGUCCUUCUCCUACGCCUUCAUUGCCUCCUUCAUGGAAAUACUCCCCUAAUAUCCGUGCCCCACCUCCCAUAGCCUAUAACCCAUUGCUGUCUCCAUUUUUCCCACUGGCUGCCAGGACCCUUCCUAGUCGAAUGCAGCCUCAGGGACCCCGAACAACCACAAAGCCAGGCAUCAAAGCCAUCGACUUCAUGAGGCACCAGCCCUACCAACUCAAAGCUGCCAUGUUCUGCUUUGAUGAGAUUCCUCCAACCCCCAGCCCUAUCCCCUCAGGGUCUCCUAAGACCACCCGAGUCCAUGAGAUACGUCGAUUCUCUACCCCAGCUCCCCAGUCCACUUCUGAGCCUCUGGCCCCAACUGUGCUCACUCCCAGAGCUUCCACUUCACUGGAUGAGCCUAUUUGGAGAGUAGAGAUACCCCCAACUCCUAUUCAUGCCCCUAGCCCAGCUCCAACUCUAGAGUCUCCUCGAGGCCUCGGAACCUCCCCCAGUUCCUGCAGCUUCCAGGUGGCCAGGCCCCGGUUCUCAGCUGCUAGCUCUGGACUGCAGGCACAUGUGUGGAGGCCUGGAGCAAGCCAUCAGUGAGCUGGACCCAGCUCAAGAGGCCAGAAAAGGGAGUAUUUAGCAAGGCCUCUGAGUUCUUUCUGCCACCCCAAAUCUUCCUCUCUAGAUACCCGGAGAAAGUUCCCUGCCAGGGUAGCUUGGUACUGCCUCUCCUGGUACUUUGUGUGUCUAGCUUUCUCUGCUUUGCCUACUUUUUUGUUUGUUUCUCAGUUUUUUCUUUGCUUUUCUGCCUUUUUCACCCCCUUCAUUCUGUUAUUGUGCCCAUUUAUUUGUAUCUCUCCUUUUAUGUGUUCCUGUUCUCUGUUGGCUUCCUUUUACAAGUAGUAAGUUGACUGAACCCAAAUACAAAGAGUAGGCAUUGCUCUUGUAGCUUUAGGCCUGGAUGACUGAUGAGAAUAAGAACCUGCCUGGCAGCUAGUAGAAGAGCCAGGUUCUGGUCCUUGUUUGUUCUGGACUUCUUUCUUCUCUUCCCCAAUCCUGGUCUACACCUGGACACAUGUGUGUGUGUGUGUUUGUGCCUGAGGUGAGGAGAGGGUGGAGGUGAAUUCCAACCUGGAUUCUACAUACUGCUCUGCUAAGGUCAUGUAUAGAAAAGAGGGGCUAGGAGCUCGUUCAUUUAUCUCUCAGGUGAUCUGACUAAUACUCCCCUAAAAGACCCAUUUUUUGGCAAGGAGGGAAUCUUAAACCAGAUACCUGUUGAGCUGGCUCUCUGAUGCCCAAUCAUUAAUCUCCUUCUAGUACGUGCUCCUAGCCUGCCUUCCUUUUUAGUUAACCACUCUGCUCUUGGGGGUAGGAGUAGGUAAAGAGGUGGGUAUGGCAGUGAAGAAAUUGAAGGUCCAGGACAACUUUAGGGAGGGGAGAGAGAGAGCCGAGGAUAGCCUGAAGUUUGCCUGGAGUGCAGACAGAUUCCUCGGGAUGGGAGGACAGUGAGUGGCAAUCUCUAAGGGCCUAUGGUAACGUGAGUAGUGGGUUAUGGGGAAUGGAGAACUUCCUCUGAGCAGGGAGAAAACAAACAUUGGCUUCCCGGCCUCAUGGAUCUAAAGUCAAAAAGAGUCCACUGCUCUAGGACAAGGCACUUGGCACAGGAAGGGGGGACAGAAGAGGAGCCGGAGUGACUGUGGGGGGUGAGGAUGGGUAUUGGCAGAAUGAAAGUGGAUAAAGACAGAUUGUGCGGGAGAAAGAAAUGAGGGCAGAACUUUAGGGACGGGAGGUGUUAGAGGGAUGAUACAAUAAUAGCUAACAUUUGUUUGGCACUUAGUGUGUCCAGCAUGUGUUCAGUGCUUUACAAAUAUCUCGUUGGAGCCUCACAACAACCCUGGGAGGUAGGUGCUAUUAUUAUCCCCAUUUUACAGAUGAGGAAACUGAGGCAAAUAGCGGUUGAGUGACUUGCCCAGGUGUCACACAGCCAGUAAGUGACUGAGACUGAAUUGAAACUCGAGUCAUCCUGCCUCCAGGCCUAAUGCUGUCUCCCCUGCACCACCCAGCUGCCUCCUGCAGAACCUAUGCUGCUUCCUUUGAGUCUGUCUUGUCUGUGUUCCUGAUGUGUCCUGAUUGCUCGGCUAGGGACAGGAAAACAUCCAGAGCUGCCCACUUUGGCCCUUCCUGAGUCCAGAUUUCCCUGCUUUAGGCUUUAGACCCUGAUUUCUGAACUGGAGUGGGGCAGGGGAGCAGGCUAGGGGAUACACUCUCCCCCAAACUCUUCUGCUGCUUGGUCUUUGUCUCAAGAGUGAGUCCCUCUACUCUGAUUUGUGCACAGUAAUAAAUUUUGUUUGCUACACCUGGCCAGUUA